CUUUGUAAUCUAUAUUUCAGACUUUUUGGACAUUAAUUUAUCGUUUUGAUAUGUUUCUUUAUUUUGGCACAUCCUUGCACCUCUCUCCUCACCUCUUCCAGGUGGCCUUGGAUUGGGUCUCGUGCUCUCCACGCCUCGUCAGACGUGGACGGGAUCAUAUAAAAGCGCCAUACUCAGCUGUGGAAGUGGACCAAAGGACAGAACGGCAUCAUGACUCCAUCACUGUGGGGACUGCUAUGUUUUUUCACCAUCCUGGUACCGGGAACUCUGGGAACUUACUCUGAGUUUGGGUCUCAGCGCCGGCAGAUUCACUCCAUCCGUCCUCCAGUCUCACGGGUGUCCCCGCAGGUCCCUCCGAGGGUCCAUCAGCGCUUUCAAGAUGUUGAGUCUAUCGAACAAACCUCUUAUGAAGAACCCAGUGCGGAAACUUUCCAAGAGGUGCAGCUGAGUGAUCAUCAGCAGGGCGCGCGACUAGGUGACCACGGCUACCUGGCGCAGGAGAGACGCAGACCUGACACUGGAGCCGGUGGCACUAAUUCCAGGUCUCAUCAGCCCUCCCACCAGCAGCCACCAAAGAGAAGCCAGCCGGCCUCACAGCUGCAACAGACAGUUGCUCCAAGUGCAUCAUGGGAGUCUGCUCGAGACUCAAGAGGCUCUGUUUCAUCCAUCAGGACCAGUGCAGCAUCAAGGGCCAACUGCAGAAACCGCCCCAUAGACCUGGUGUUCAUCAUCGACAGCUCCCGCAGCGUCCGCCCCGCUGAGUUUGAAAAAGCCAAAGAGUUCCUGCAGGAAAUGGUGGACAGCCUGGAGGUCGGCUCGGACGCCACACGAGUCGGCCUGGUCAACUAUGCCAGCACGGUCAAGAUUGAGUUUCUGCUGAAGACUCAUUUUCACAAGUCUGCUCUAAAGCAGGCGCUGGCCCGGGUCGAGCCCCUUGCUUCAGGAACCAUGACUGGCAUGGCCAUAAAGACCGCAAUGGAGAAAGCUUUCACCGCAGAGGCAGGAGCUCGAGCCAACACCAUGAGCAUCGCAAAAGUCGCCAUUAUAGUGACAGACGGGAGGCCCCAGGACAAAGUGGAGGAAGUAUCAGCAGCAGCUCGGACAGCAGGGAUCGAGAUCUACGCCGUGGGAGUGGACAGAGCCGAUAUGGCGUCCCUCCGUCUCAUGGCCAGCCAGCCACAUGACGACCAUGUCUUCUAUGUGGAGACCUACGGGGUCAUUGAGAAGCUCACUUCCAAAUUUAGGGAAACCUUGUGUGGUUUGGAUGCAUGCGCUCAGGGUCACAACUGCCAACACAUCUGCGUCAACAAUGAGAACUCAUACAACUGCAAGUGUCGUGAAGGAUACGUCCUGAACCCGGACAAGAAAACAUGCUCACGUUCAGACACAUGCAGCCAAGACCACGACUGCCAACACAUGUGUGUAAGAACUGAUGACUCGUACAUCUGCACAUGUCAGCAGGGAUAUGUGUUGAAUGCAGACCAGAGAACCUGCUCACUUUUGCCAUCAGGUUUGGAUUCAUGCUCUCUGGGGCAUGACUGCCAGCACAUUUGUGUCAACACUGAUGAUUCGUACAUCUGCAAAUGUCGAGCAGGAUAUGUUUUGAAUGCAGACCAGAGAACCUGCUCACAAAAGACCAACCUGGACUUUUCAGGCUCUGAUCCAUGUUCCAGUGGUCAUGAUUGCCAGCAGCUUUGUGUGAACAGUGAUGACUCGUACAUCUGCACAUGUGGCGUGGGAUAUAAGUUAAACGCAGAUCAAAAAACGUGUUCAAGAUUUGAUACAUGUGACCCAGGCCAUGACUGCCAGCAUGUUUGUGUCAACAAUGGUGAUUCAUACCUUUGCAAGUGUCAUGAGGGAUAUGUGUUAAAUGCAGACCAGAAAACGUGCUCACUUCCAGAUGUAUGCACCCAGAGACACGACUGCCAGCAUACUUGUGUGAACAAUGGUGAUUCAUACCUUUGCAAGUGUCGUGAGGGAUACACUUUGAACGCAGACCAGAAAACAUGUUCACGUUCUGAUCAUUGUGAUCUGGGACACAAAUGCCAGCACAUAUGUGUUAACAGUGAUGACUCAUACACCUGCAAGUGUCGAGUCGGAUAUAUUUUGAACCCAGACAAGAAAACGUGCUCACGUUCAGGCUCAUGUUCUCAGGACCAUGGCUGCCAACAUGUUUGUGUCAGCACUGAUGACUCUUUUGUCUGCAUGUGUCGGGAGGGAUAUAUGUUGAAUGGAGACCAGAGAACAUGCUCACCUUUAGGUUUGGAUGCAUGUGCACAGGGACAUGACUGUCAGCACAUGUGUGUCAACAACGGGAACUCUUAUGUCUGCAAGUGUUUUGAAGGAUAUGUGUUGAAUGCAGACCAGAAAACAUGCUCACGUGUAGGUUCGGAUGCAUGUGCUCAGGGACAUGACUGUCAGCACAUGUGUGUCAACAACGGGAACUCUUAUGUCUGCAAGUGUUUUGAAGGAUAUGUGUUGAAUGCAGACCAAAAAACAUGCUCACGUGUAGGUUUGGAUGCAUGUGCUCAGGGACAAGACUGUCAGCACAUGUGUGUCAACAACGGGAACUCUUAUGUCUGCAAGUGUUUUGAAGGAUAUGUGUUGAAUUCAGACCAGAAAACAUGCUCACGUGUAGGUUUGGGAGCAUGUCCGCAAGGACACAACUGUCAACACAUGUGUGUCAACAACGGGAGCUCUUAUGUCUGCAAGUGUUCUGAAGGAUAUGUGUUGAAUACAGACCAGAAAACAUGUUCACGUGUAGGUUUGGAUGCAUGUGCACAGGGACACGACUGUCAGCACAUGUGUGUCAAAAACGAGAACUCUUAUGUCUGCAAGUGUUAUGAAGGAUAUGUGUUGAAUGCAGACCAGAAAACAUGCUCACGUUUAAGUUUGGAUGCUUGUGCCCAGGGACAUGAAUGUCAGCACCUUUGCGUAAACAACGGGAACUCUUACGUCUGCAAGUGUCGAGUGGGAUUUGCGUUGAACAUGGACCGGAAAACAUGCUCACGUUCAGAUGCUUGUGCACAAGGACACAACUGCCAGCACGUUUGUAUCAACAACGGAGAGUCUUACAACUGCAAGUGUCGAGUGGGAUAUGUGUUGAAUGCCGACCAGAAAACAUGCUCACAGGAGAUGAGGAGUGAAAUAACCGAAGACGCCUGCAUGUGUGAGGCUCAGAUUUUGUUCCAGAAGAAAGUGCAGUCGGCCAUUCAAGAGCUGAGCAGAAAACUCGAUGAACUCUUUGAAAAGGUGAACAUCAUCGAGAGCCAGCAGCAGUAUUAAGAAGAAACACAGAGAUGUCAGAGGAUGUGGUCUGGACUAUCCAAGUGUUUGACCGGCUGAAAUCAUCCGUCAACCCUCCUAAAGUUUCAGUGCAAGGUUUCUCAGAUUUGGUCUGCAUGGCAGGGCAUUACGUCCUUGUUGCUGUACUGUUAUUAAUAUGGUUUGUUUUAUAUAUGACAAUACUGCCAGUUGUUAGACAAUGUCCUAAAGUAAAAUGAGGUAUAACUGGUGGAAAUGUCUACAUGUAUCCGUACAAUUGUAAAAGGCUACAUUACAUCCCAAAGUGUAAAUCAGUAAAGUUGAAUAUGUGUGAUAAUUAGGGAAGUCUUAGAUCAGAUGUUAAAGUUAUCUGUCAUAAUGAAUGUAUUUGGGGGAUCGUGUUGGAUCUCAUCCUUACUGUGUAUCCAGUGCUCCAGAAGCAUUUUUUGGUCAGUGAUGGUGCUUUGUAAAACAAAAAGCCUCGAUCCAUGACCAAAGCACAAUUACUAAUCUCUUUAACAACAAGCUCAUUGUUGUCACCCUUCUGAUUGCAGCUCCAUUACACAGAAGCCUGAUCCACUUGGCUCAUGGUGGUGUUACAUCACGGUGAAUUACUGUAAUCCUUCCCUUUGAUAUCUGAAAUAUUUCAAUAACUCCAUCACAUAUCAAUUAUUGGUUGUAACAGACUGGUACAAUUAUUUUUGGGGGAGAUGGAAAACAAUUAAGGUCAUUUAAGACUUUUUCUGCUCAGUUUUGAAACCACGAGAUUCUGAGUUAAGAUCCAUUCUGUAUUUGUGACCAGUCAAAAGGCUUAUUAACAGUACACACAUAGGCCUCCUAUAUUUUCAAUUUGUAUACGAUAUUUUGGUAUCUUUUUAAGAAAAACAACAUGGCUGUAUAUUUCAAUUGAAUUUAGUAUGAUGUAUAAUUAAAAAAAUCUUGUAUUGUGUAUUUUUAUACUAAGGCGCCUUUUUAUAAGUGGUCUAAGCCACCUUAAAAAUAAAAUAAUAUAGCCUAACAUCUCAGAACAAAUCAACCAAUUUUGAGAGUGACGAGAAUACCUUCAUUUUGUUAUCACUUUGUGUAUUUUGGCUGCCAACAAUCCUAAUUAAAUGCAAAAUGUUAUCAAAAAUG